AUGCUGACUGCUGACACGGAAACUGCUGUUCACCAUGCACAUCGGCACAAAACUCACCGAAGGCGGACACCGGUGUAAGUAGAGGAAAAUAAAGGAAAUGAGAAAAAUGACUCAUUUGAAUAAAGUCCAUGAAAUUCGGUUUUUUUUUUGGUUUUUUCUCUUUUUGUGCGAAAAAAAAACUGGUUCAAAAUGUGAUAACUUUCUUAGAAAAAUUUAAGACACUCUCAAUGGAUAGAUAAUAUUAAAAACUAUAGACACUGAUUUUUUAAACAUAGGAAACAAGGCAGAUUUACCCUAAUAACUUUAAAAAAUUGAAAAAAAUGAGGGAAAAAGGAACAAAAAAAAAAUGAACAAAGUCGAUUUUACAGAUGUGUCAACGGAAAACCCGUAGACAAUGUCUGUGAGUGUGAGCUGGACUACGUCGGGAAGCACUGCGAGAAGAAGAAGCACUGCGAAUCUUUCCGACGCUUUCGAAACGGAUCGUCCGUUUUUUUUUCAGCCUUUUUUUUUCAAAAAUGGCUUCCAUGGAAGUAUGAGAACUUCAAAAAAAAAGUUCAUUUUCGAUCAAAAAGUGGUGUUUUUACGGAAGUCUCACAACAGAUAGUGGAUUUUUUUUGGUGAUCUUUCUUAUCUUUCCCGGAUUUUUAGCCAAGUUUAAAUUUUCCAGUUUUGCUAUCAUUGCAACAAGAGCGUUUUCUUGCGUUCUGGAAACCUUCAAAAUUUCGAUUUUUGACUGAAAAAUUCAGUUCAAAAAUGUUCGAACUGCAACCAGUUCCCCCAAUAAAAAUUUUACUAAAAUGCAUCCAAUAAAGAAGUUUCUCAAAAUGGAAAAACUAUAAUUAGACGUUUCCAGCUGCCCUGAAUGCCUACCCAAUUAUACAGGCGAGUUUUGCGAGGAAAUUGUAUGUGUCCACGGGAAAAAGAACAAGGUAGUUUUGACUCACGACUUCUUGGAUCAUAAGUUCACGAAACCAAUUGAAGUACGGAACGGAAUGCGUUUGCGAGGAUCCCUACACGGGGCCAUUCUGCGACAAAUUGGAGACCAAUCGGAUCUACAGCUACUAUAAUCGCAAGGUAACUUUAUUUUCACGGGGAUUAAUACUUGAAAUGUUACAGGUGUUCAUCCUGGGUCCUCUGGGCGCUGUUUCACUGAUUCCCAUGUGUCUGCUUUACAUGACCUGCGAGCAUAUGGCUAGAAAACGCCAAGUUUGUGUUUUUCUCGAUUAUAGUCGGCGUGCCACAAUUUGAAAUUUCACGGAACGACAUUCCGCCGUGCCGCCUUUCGAACCUUGGUCGCGCUUUUAAUUUUUUUCCUGAUAUUAGGGUACUCUACUUUCUUGUGCUCCCACAGCAAUAAAAACCAAUUGAAAGCGUGACUUAGAUUUGAAAGACGCUUCGCGAACGCACGCAGCGGAACAGCGGAAUGUCGUUCCGUGAAAUUUCAAGUCGUGGCACACAGACUAUAUAAAAGCUUUUUUUGUCUUUUUCUUAAUAGUCAACUCUGAUUCCAGGUAAAAAGAGUUGGCGUGAUGAUGGAAGGACAAAACAUCAAUAUCCGAAAACAAAUUCUGGAGAAACUACUGGAAGAAAUCUGA